AUGGCCACCCCUACAAAACUCCGUUCUAUUUACCGCUCCUUUUUACGCGAAAUGCCAUCUCGGUCCCUCUCCGAAAGAUCACGCUCACCUCUACAAAAACGUAUCCGCAACACAAUCGCCUCCGAAUCAGCCACGCCGGUUGAGCAAGCCGAGCAAUUUCUGCAUUAUGUCAAGGCGCAGAGGAUGUACGCAACUUUGUUAGAGAGAUACAAUCCGGGGAUGAACAUGGAGGAAGAGGAGAGGGUUCGUCUCACCGCGAGGCGGGUCGGCAUGGAAUUGCCUGAGGAAUAUACGAUCAGUGGCACAGAUGAUGGAUCUAGGGGUGGAUCAAAAAAGCAGUGA